UACGCGGACUUCCAAUCUGACAAGCACCGGCACAUCGUCCACGUCCGCAUACCCAACUUCCCAGGAGAAGGAAAACGACGUGAGCGACGUGGACGACGUGGAGAUGGAAGCGGAGAGCAGUGUCUCGCCAACAACCAGUGA